CUGGGAGUUCAAACAUUAGUAUUAUAGUCGCGUCAUCGCUUUCGCCUUGACGAGUUUAAGCCGGCGGCUCAGUUUUAUUCGCGCCCAGCUCGCGCUCGUCUUGGUUUUACCUCAAACUCUAUUUUUCAUCCUAAAUAUUUCAUAAAAGCCGAUAACCAGUCUAAAGAGGGAGCCGUGUUGCAAGCAUGGGAGGCAAGAAGAAGGGUCCGCAACUCACGCAUCUUUACGAGGCGUGCGACACCAAUGACGUGGACGUACUUUUGGAGAUGCUGAAGAAGGACGCGGCCGGUGUCGUCAAGACCCUUAACUCGGACGGGUGGACGCCCCUUCACCAAGCGGCGUACGCGGGCGCAAUCGACUGCGUGGAGGAGCUGAUCAAGGCGGGCGCCGACGUGCGCGCGCCGUGCCGCCAGGGUGACACGCCCAUCCACUACGCCGCCGCGCAGUCGCACCACGACGUCAUCGAGGUGCUGGCCAAGGCGGGCUCGCCGCUGGAGCUCAAGGACAAGGACGGCGAGACGCCAUACGACGUGGCGGGCAGCCGCGCCACCAAGAAGCUCAUCGAGCAGCUCAUCGCCAAGCGGGAGGCGUCGGGCCAGGACACCGGCAAGGGGCGGGCGGACGGCGAGUACGACAGCGAGGAGGACUGGGAGGAGGUGGAUGAGGACGCGCUGGCUGCUGAGGAGCUGGCGGCGUUGAAACUGGCGGAGCAGGCGGCAGCGGGCGGCGGCGAGGCGGGCGGCAAAGACAAGGCUGCCGGGAAGAAGGGCGGGAAGAAGAAAUGAGGCAUGCACCUGCCAUUAGUGAGGUGUCAGUGAGAGGAGAGGACAGGAGAGGAGCAGGCAAGGGCUGUCAGGGGCUGUGGCGUAGGGGCUCGGCGGCUGGUCGUGAAACCUGAAGAUGAGAGCCAGGCUCGUUAGUAGCUUGUUGCGGGGACGAGGCUGGAGAAAAGGGAUGUGGCUUUCGCAGCCAGGGUUGAUAACAUCGAGUUGGCAGGGACAUGAAGGAGAAGGUCGCGUGACAGACGUCGUCCCGAACCGCCGCGUUCGGCCCCCAGGACCCACGCUUGCGUGAUGUUAGCCAUGCCGCCCACCAGUCACCGAGCGGUGGGUAGGCAGGCGGUAACGCGGGCACGGUGGCGUGGGUCAUCAAGGGGGGCACUCUAGGUAUUAGGAUUCUGAGACGGAAGGCUGCACGCAUCCGCCUGAUGCAGAAGGCGGCCGCAGAGCGGCUGGUGAACGGGGGGUGUAAACCAAGGCGGCA